UAACUCUCUUGUUUUCCUUGUCCUUAGCACGAAUUGAACUUUUUGCUAAGCUUUUCGAGAACAAGAAAGUAGACCCUUUUCUAGAUUUGCUUAAACUCUUUUUGGAUUUUAGUCCACUGUCCAAAAAUCACCAUGAACGGGAAAUGGAAAGCACCAUUUUGCACGCUGUUGGUGUUGUACUCUCUGCUUCUAUCCGCUUUAUUUCAGAGCUGCUACUCUGCCUUUCAUCUGCCUCGUCCCAUAUGGAAGAAGCAGCAGCAAAAAUCUGGUUCCUCUUUUGUGUUCCCUCUCGCUGGAAACGUAUAUCCUAAAGGGUAUUAUCAGGUGACACUUGAGGUUGGCCAACCUCCCAAACCUUACUCUCUUGAUAUAGACACUGGUAGUGACCUAACUUGGCUGCAGUGUGAUGCACCUUGUGCGAAAUGCACCCCGGCCCCUCACAGUCUUUAUAAACCAAAUAAAAAUGUUGUCAUGUGUAAGGAUCCUUUAUGCACGUCCCUUCACUGGCCCAAGAACCAUCCUUGUCAUGGCCUGGAUGAGCAAUGUGAUUAUGAGGUUGCAUAUGCAGAUCGUGGUUCAUCCUUGGGAGUGCUGGUCAAAGACAUGUUUCCACUACGAUUUACCAAUGGUAGCAUUGUUGUGCCUCAUCUAGUAUUUGGUUGUGGUUACAGUCAAGAAGUUCCAGCUUCUACUCAUCCACCUUUUACCGAUGGAAUUCUUGGUCUGGGCAAUGGAAAAUCAAGCAUUGUAUCACAAUUGAGUGGCUUGGGUCUUAUCCGAAAUGUAGUGGGUCACUGUUUAAGUGGGCAAGGUGGAGGUUUUCUUUUCUUUGGCGAUGAUAUUCUCCCCUCAUCUGGAAUUGCUUGGACACCAAUCGUGCGAAUAUCUUCCGAAAAGCACUUCUCUUUGGGACCAGCAGAGCUCUUUUUUGAUGGACAGGCCACAGGAGUGAAGGGCUUUCCUGUAAUUUUUGACAGUGGAAGUACCUUCAGUUACUUUAGUUCUGAAGCUUACGAUAUUUUGGUAUCUUCGAUAAAGAAAAACAUAAAUGCAAAGCAGCUGACUGAUGCAGUGGAUGACAAAAGCCUUCCUGUGUGCUGGAAUGGUUCCAAAUCCUUCAAAUCUGUUAAUGAUGCCACGAGCUACUUCAAGCCAUUAACACUGAGUUUUAUGAAAGCUAAGAAUGUUGAGCUUCAACUUCAGCCAGAGGCCUAUCUUAUACUUACGGAGCAUGGUAAUGUAUGCUUGGGCAUAUUGAAUGGUACAGAAGUCGGAUUAGGAAAUUAUAAUGUGAUUGGAGAUAUUUCUCUACUGGACAAAAUGGUGAUAUACGAUAAUGAGAAACAACAAGUUGGAUGGCUUCCAGCAAACUGCAACAGGCUACCUAUCAGUCGUGAUCAUGGGGAAUAUUAUUAUGAUGCAUACCCUACCAACAUGGGCAUAUUCGAACAGAUAUGUCCUGCAAAGUUUGAUUCUUCAAAACAGCAGGCAAGAAAAUAAGGUGACAAAGUGAGAAGCUAAUGCGUGCUUCGAGCCAUAUUCUGUACAUGUUGUAGAGUAACAAAUGUAAUUGGUCAGUCAUUGGGAGUACAGAUGUUUUACUGAAAUGUUCUCUAUGACUACACUAAGGAUAUAAGGUGUAUCCCAAAUACAAAUAAUGGUACAGGUCUAAUCAACGAAUCCUCUCCUGGCUUUGAGUA